AAGCCUCCUCACUCUCCUCCUCUCCCCCCACUACCAGCCCAGCAGCUGCCUGCAGCACCGCUUCUUCGGCCCUGAAACCAUGUCCCUAGGUCUCCUGUGGCUGGGCCUCACCAUGCUGGGUGCCCUGCACACCCAGGCCCAGGACUCCAAAGAAAAGCUGAUCCCGGCCCCACCCCUGCUCAGAGUCCCUCUGCAGCCAGACUUCCAGGACGACCAGUUCCAGGGGAAGUGGUACGUCGUGGGCCUGGCAGGGAACGCAGUCAGCAAAGAAGAACAAGGCCAGUUUACGAUGUACACCACCACCUACGAGCUGAAAGACCACAGCUACAAUGUCACCUCCACCCUGCUCAGGAAUGGGAAGUGUGACUACUGGAUCAGAACUUUUGUCCUAACCUCCCAGCCUGGCCAGUUCGCCUUGGGCAACAUUAACCGGUACCCUGGAAUACAGAGCUAUACCGUGCGAGUGGUGACCACCAACUACAACCAGUUUGCCAUAGUGUUCUUCAAGAAGGUGUCUGAGAACAAGGAAUACUUCAAGACCACCCUCUAUGGGAGAACCAAGGAGCUGCCCCCUGAACUGAAGGAGAACUUCAUCCGCUUCGCCAAAUCUCUGGGCCUUACUGAGGACCACAUCAUCUACCCUGUCCCAAUCGACCAGUGCAUCGAUGACUGAGCACACAGUGAGUGUGGCUGGAGGGGACUGGAGGGGGCCAGGGUGCAGCGAGUGGGGGUCUCGGACCUGCCUUUUCUCCUCCCCUGCCCCCAGCACUGCUGCCAUCUUCACUCCACCGUGUCCCUCUCAGGUGCCUCCUGUCUCUCCGCCCUUCUCCCCCAUGUCCCCUUCUGUCCAGGGUGCCACCAGCUGCCCCACCAGCCCCAACACCAGUGGGAGCUGGGAAACCCUCUCCCGGCACCUCCUACGUAGCCAGCCUGCUGACGGAGCACCCCCCCUUGCUGAAUAAACACAUCCCCCCAGGC